AUGUCGAAUGUGAAAUUGGCUGCUCUAGAGACCAGCGAGGGCGAUCGUAGAAGCUCCAUGUGGCUUCCAGUCGCAUCGUUUGACUCGUACCAGAGCAGCUUGCUGCAUAAGAUCGCCCGGUACGUGCUGCUGCUCUACAUCAUGGCCACACUCCUCUACAUGGUGGUGCUAGCCGUGGCAUCUGCCGAUAGCAACGUCAAGCAUAAUCACGCUCUCUUCAACGGCAUCCUGCCGCCCCCUGCAGUAUUCGGUCUGCACGGCUAUGUGCCCCUCAGCAAAGCGGGUCACGAGGUACCCGAAGAAACGAAAAUCUACGCCGACUUGGCCAACGCAAAUGGCACGGGACCGCACGUCGACUUCAUAUGGAUGCGGCAUGGGAUUCCGAGCUACCUCACUACGAAGCUGAAUCUCAGCAGAGAGUCGGUCGAGCAGAACCAUUACAGAAUUCUCAUGGUGGAAGGAGCCGCAAGGGUCGAAUUGGAUGCCGUAGCAUCCGCGCAGAAUCGCGAGGCUGCUGACCUCAAGACGCGAGACGUGGGAGAUAUGGACAUACAAGACUGCUUCGAUCUUCCGCCGCUACCCCAAGGGGCUGCUACUGCCGUAUGCCACAACAAUCAUGGCGCUCUUCUGAGGGAUUGCGACUCGCUCUACUGGGCGAUGACGGACGAAUUUUGUAACGAUUGGGACGAAGCAGGCCGAGUCUACGGCAUUCAGCAUUCGUGCGCCAUAGUGGCGAAGAGGGCCAGGCUGGCUGCAACCUGCUUCAGCAUUCGCGAAACCGCUUCGUACGCGUACGCGCUGCCAAUCAUCCAUCAAUGCUGGGGUACCCUGGGCAGUUCUUGCCGUGGUACCAAGAUUCUGUCUGGCCGGACGGCACAUUAG